AUGAAGGUCCCAAUGGCAAAUGUGCCUUUAGAGGUGAUAGUUGUCGGUGCUGGCAUCGGCGGUAUGGCGGCAGCUCUUACAUUAGGUCUGCGAGGGCACCGUGUCAUUGUCCUUGAAGCUGCACCAAAAAUCAUGGAAGUGGGAGCUGGUAUCCAAGUGUCUCCAAACAUGAUGCGUCUAUUCGAGCGAUGGGGCGUCUCGGACCUAAUUCACGCCCAAGACGUAGCUCUCGAGCACAUCCAAGUCCGAAGAUGGGAUAAUGGCAACCUCCUCGCCACAAUGCCAGUGAAUAAGACAUUCGGCCAACAAGUUGUUAUUCACCGCGCAGACCUCCACAAUGCUAUCAUCAACAGGGCCGUAGCUCUUCCCAAUGUUGAGCUUCGUGAGAACUCAUUUGUCACAGGCGUGCAGUUCAGUCCAGCCAGCGUUACUCUAGCGAACGGCGAAGUUGUACGUGGUGACGUGGUAAUCGGUGCAGACGGCAUCAAGUCCACCAUCCGUAGCCACCUGCUUGAAGACUCGACUAUUAAAGCAGUCGCCACUGGCGACGCGGCAUACCGCAUCAUGCUACCUCGACACAUUAUGGAGAAGGAUCCUGAAUUGAAGAAGCUCAUUAACGAGCCGCUGGCGACUCGUUGGCUAGGUCCUUCGCGCCAUAUCAUCGCCUACCCUGUGCGCAAGCAUGAGCUGUACAAUGUUGUCCUGCUUCAUCCCGAUAGCCACGGUGUUGAUGAGUCUUGGACGACGCAGGGAUCCAAGCAGGCUAUGGCUGACAAUUAUGAGGGGUGGGAUAGUAGGGUGCAGAAACUUAUUGACCUGGUCGAUGAUAAUGAAGUUUUGGAGUGGAAGUUGUGUCUGCAUCGUCCGCUGAAGACAUGGGUCCGGGGAUCUGUCGCUCUGAUCGGUGAUGCGUGUCAUCCCAUGCUUCCAUAUCUUGCCCAAGGUGCUGCUCAGGCUGUUGAGGAUGCGGCCGCGCUCGGGGUCGUGUUGUCGGCUAUUUCAUCACGCGAGGAGAUCCCGAAUGCAUUGAGUGCUUAUGAAAAGUCCCGAAAAAACCGUGCUGAGACGGUGCAGCAGUCUGGAUCCGAGAAUCGUAUUACGUUACAUUUGCCAGAUGGACCUGAACAAAUUGCCCGAGAUGCGCAGUUCAAGGCUUCCGUCAGCGGAAAUAAUCCCGAUAAAUGGUCGGACCGUAGGACACAAGAGUUCCUUUGGGGUUGGGACGCAGAGAAGGCGGCAUUGGAUACUUGGAAUGAAGAUCAAGGACAAUUCAAGGCCAAUGCCAAUCUAUAG